AUGACAGAAGGAAAACAUAAAUCCAAGGCAGACAAGGCCGAUGCCGCCGAGGACUGCGGCUGGCGAGGUGACGGUCCUGAGCCAGAGCUAGAUGAUCUUGCACACAAAGAGGAGCCCCAUCGACCUCGCCCGCCCGAUGAGGUCUGCAGUUGGCAGGGUGAUCCUCCUGAGCCCGAGUUAGAUGAUCUCGCCCACAGCCCCCAGCUAUCACCUAGGUCUCAGGUAAAUACACGUGUCGAAGAACUACUAGAGGAUAUUGAUCCAAUGCCGCUGGAUGCUUUCCCCAAGCCGGAAAAUCACAAGAAAGGUUCGAAGGCGCACUUUAAAGAUGAGCAGCCUGGAGAACAAGUGCAAGACGCUACGGUAGAAACCUUGCAAGAGAAGAUUACGCACGGAGUACAUCAUGGAGUACAUCAUGUACUGACCAUCUUCCACAACAUCGUCAAUCCUUCUAGUUCCCAGGCACACGAGGAGGCGCUGGAAGAUAGCGCGGAACCCCCUGAUGAAGUGAAUGAUGCUCCCUCAAGGCCUUCUCGGAUCCCGCCGAUCUUCACUACAAGUGAGCCGCAGCAUCCUAAAGGCAAAACCCCUAGAGAAGAAAAGGAAAGGGCGAAGAGAGAGAAGGCAGAAGCCAGGAAGGCCGAAAAGGAAAGAAGGGCUAGAGAAAAGGAGGAAAAGAAAAGACUCAAGGUAGAAAGGAGAAGAGAGCGCAGAGAGCACAGAGAACGGCGCCACAAGGAGAAAGACCGGCAUCAUAAGGAAAAGGAAAAGAGUAAAAACAAGGGUAAGGAGACGGAGACUGAGACUGCUUCACUUCCCGAUCUACCUCCUGGCGCUGAUGGCCUCGCUGCCACCGAGUCGCAUCAUCAUCCAGGGUGUCCAAUAUGUGAACAUCCUGAAGAACAGGGAACACAUGAUUUCAUGAAGGGCUUGCUAGAAAGUUGGGAGGGAGUACUACCAUCUCUCAACGACCUUAUCGAAGCUGCCUUGAAACUGAUGGGAUUGAAAUCCACAGAUGACACUCCUGGUGCGCAGCAUGAUUGCAAAAACCUUUCCUUGAACGAGCAGGAGUUGAUCGAGCACAUUGCGGCGCACAUCGACAAGCAUAUGCACCACUAUACAGACCACCACAAUCCAUCCGGAGAAGGCAACUCGUCGGCCGCUGUUAAGUCCUCGUCUAAUCAGCAACAGCAAGCUAGCUGCGAGGGUGGGCGCCCUACCAGCCAUGGCUUGGACGGUAAUAGGGACUGGCCUAUGACUAUUAUGCAAGGUCACGUCUUCCGCAGCAUCGAGCCAAUGUCUGCCCCUGACGUCGCUACGGCGCAAUCUCCCUCUCCCCCUCGGGAUCGUUCGCCCUUUCGCACUCCAACGGGUCGCUGUGUCUCUCCGUGGUGCGAAAAGCUCGGUCUCAAGUUGGAUGAUCCGCCCCUUUUCCAGAAGCCAACGGUGUCGUGGUCGAGAAGAGGAUUCAACUCCAGCCCGAGCCGCAUGAGGACCACCACCACCUCUUCCUGCCUCAACGCGCCACUGUGCUUACACCCGGUUUAUCACGAACAUGGCUUAUACGCCUGCGUCCCCGUCUCGCUGGUCCCGGCUCUCAGCCUUGAACCUCCUUGCUGUGGUCAUAGCAGCUGUCACUACGCUCCGUCCGUUAUGACACCUAUGCCGGUUUCGCACACCCCGCGCCCAUUGUUCAAAUUCGAACCACCGUUCGGCACCGCCGAAACGAUCCCUCCCAGCACGCCUCGCAGAAGUCUGUCCGCUAGUGAGACGCAAAUCGUGUUUUGA